AUGGCUCCCACGUUUGACGUCCAAACCUCCCCGGCAACAACGGAGCGUAUCAAGGCCAAAGGCGUCGAUGCCGAUGCCUCACAACCACAGCUCAUCCGCCAGCCCUUGCAGUACUCGGGGACUCUCGACGAGUACCACCAUUUCGAGACGACUCCUGUCAUUGGAACCGAGUUUUCCGACUUGCAGUUGGCGGAUAUUCUCGACGAUGAUGCUAAGAUUAGGGAUCUUGCUAUAACGGUCUCUCGCAGGGGCGUGGUCUUCUUCCGCAGUCAGAAUCUCAACUCUGAUCAGCAGAAGCUCCUGGCUCAGAAACUCGGAGAAUUAACCGGGAAGCCCAGCACCUCCAAGCUCCACCGUCACGCAGUGAGCAAUAGCAAGAGAGGUAUUGCUGUCGAUGAGAGCGGGAAACUGGAUGAUGAGAUCUCUGUCAUCUCCUCGGAUGUAAACCGCAAGCUAUACCGUGACAGAUACAUUUAUGAAUCGCGCCGCAUCGCCAGCGAGGGGUGGCACGCCGAUAUUACCUUUGAGCGCGUUCCAUCUGAUUAUGCCAUCCUCAAAAUCACCCACCUGCCCGAGGAUAAGAGUGGCGGUGAUACCCUCUGGGCUUCAGGAUAUGAGCUCUAUGACAGGCUGUCUCCACCUCUUCAGAAACUGGCUGAUGGAUUAAAGGCUAUUCACUACCAGCCCCGAUUCAACCAAGUCGCCAAGGAGCAAGGAAUCGAGUUGAUCGAAGGAGAUCGCGGUGCUCCAGAGAAUACUGGAUAUGACUUCAAGGCAACCCAUCCCCUCGUCCGCACCAACCCAGUGACAGGAUGGAAAAGUCUCUUCGGUGUCGGACACCAAGUCCAUGCCGGCUGGAUUGAAGGCGUCACUGAAAGGGAGAGUGAGAUUCUCAAGAACUACUUCCUCCAGCUGAUUGCAGAGAACCACGAUCUGCAAGUCCGCUUCAAAUGGAACACGAAUGACCUGGCCAUCUGGGAUAACCGCUCUGUCUUCCAUACUGCAACGUUUGACUACCAGGGUAAACGUCAGGGAAACCGCGCCGUAUCGCUGGGUGAAAUCCCAUACUUUGACCCGGCCUCGAAGUCGAGGAGGGAAGCGCUUGCAGCUGAGGCGUAAGACUUAUGGAUAUGUCUACUGGCCUAGAGUGGAUGGUAU